AUGCAAUUCAUCAACAUUGUGGUCCAUUCAACCGAGGAUAUCGAAUUUCGUGUCUUUCUUCAGCAAGAAUUCACAAAUCUUCGACUGGAUGAUUACCUUAAGAGGAUCUCUGGUCGUGUGGGUGAGCGCCUAGAACGGCAAGUGGAAGCUUAUUUGGAUAAUCACGUGGACGUGAAAACUCUCCUAGAGGAUUCGCAAGCGAAAGACGCCUUGCAAGCAGAAGUGGAAGCUCUAGAUUCUGAUCUUCUGACCGUUCAGGGUCAGUUGGCCACUACACAAGCCGAAUAUGCCUCUCGAACUGCUGCAUUUGAAGAAAAGGUCAAGAAUCUUCAGGCACAAAUAUCUGAACAGGAGGCCCAACUGACAGACAACAAGGAGGAACUAAAAAAUCUACGCUCACGUUUAGUCGAUCAGAACUCCACUGCUUCGUCCUUGGAGAAGAAGCUACAACAGCAAAUCAUCGAACUUCAGGAGGCCCUAAAAGCAGAGCGAAAUCGUCCCAAAGUAAUGUCGCCACCACCACCACCACCGCCUGCUCUUCCAAGUGCCCCAGCUCCUCCAGCUACAACAUCUGCACAACCUGCUCCCCCACCACCACCGCCGCCACCGCCGCCACCUCCUGGACCUCCUGGAAGUGGAAUUCCAAUGCCUCCACCACCACCUCCCAUGUUCGGUGGAGGUGCUGCCCCUGGAUUUGGAUUGGCUCCGGCUGGCGCACAAGGUUAG